CUGGCAUUAUAAGAGUACCACACACAGAAGCCCAAAUAAUGAGGUCAGCCAAGAGUUAGCUACUCUCUUUUACGGUCAUGGCCAAUCCCAUCUCUCUUCCCCUCCAACAGAGAAUCCCUCGCAAGAACAUUCUGCAGAGAGUCAAAGAUCUCAUCAUCUUCUUACUCUUGCUUUCCCUCCUCCUAUAUCGGUUUCUAACGCUCAGAAACCAUGGAGUCCCUUGGCUUCUUGCUUUCCUCUGUGAGUCUUGGUUUACCUUCAUCUGGGUCCUUAAUAUGAACAUCAAAUGGAAUCAAUUCGAAUACAGAACUUAUCCUGAGCGCCUCUUACAAAGGGGCGUUGAGCUUCUUCCUCCGGUAGAUAUUUUUGUUACAACAGCAGAUCCUGUGCUCGAACCGCCUAUCAUCACUGUAAACACUGUACUCUCCUUGUUGGCUCUCGAUUACCCAGCUAACAAGCUUGCCUGCUAUAUCUCGGAUGAUGGUGCGUCUCCACUCACCUUCUUUGCUCUCGUUGAAGCAUCUAAGUUUGCCAAGCUCUGGGUUCCUUUCUGUAAGAAGUAUGACAUUCGAGUACGAGCCCCUUCUGUAUAUUUUUCCGGCAAGCCUGAGGCAUCACCGGUUGAUCUUUCAUCAGAUUUCGGGGGCGACUGGAAGAGGAUGAAGAUUGAAUAUGAACAACUUAAGCAAAGAAUUGAAGAGGUAGUUGAAAGCCCCAUUCCAUGCGAUCUAGCAGGGGAAUUUGCAGCUUUCUCUAAAAUAGAUCGCAGAAACCAUCCAAGCAUAGUGAAGGUUAUAUGGGAGAAUAAGGGAAAUCUUCCGGAUGGGUUACCACAUCUCGUUUAUGUAUCCAGAGAGAAGCGGCCAAAGCAUCCUCAUCACAACAAAGCAGGAGCUAUGAAUGUAUUGACUAGAGUAUCGGGAGUCAUGACGAACUCCCCUUUCAUGCUGAACGUCGACUGUGACAUGUUCGCCAACGACCCCCAGACUGUUCUUCAUGCAGUCUGCCUACUGUUCGGUUUCCAACAAGAAAAAGAAAGUGCAUACGUUCAGUUUCCGCAGGCGUUCUAUGGUACCUUAAAGGAUGACCCAUUUGGAAAUCAACUCGUAGUCUUACAAGAAUUUGCUGGGCGUGGAAUAGCAGGAAUCCAAGGACCACUCUAUGCUGGAACAGGAUGCUUUCAUAGAAGAAAAGUAAUAUAUGGACUAUCACCGGAUGAAGCAGACAUUAACCUAGGAAGAAAGCUUAGUCGUCUAUUAUUGAAUGAGAAAUCACUCAAGGCAAACUUUGGGAAUUCAGUGGAAUUCAUGAAGUCGGCAUCUGAGAUACUGGCGGGGGUCAAAGAAAAGAUGGAUGAUCCUCCAGCACUCGAUGAUUCGACCACACUUGAGGCAGCAAUUCAAGUUGCUAGUUGCGGCUAUGAGCGUGACACCUACUGGGGCACAAAGGUAGGUUGGGUAUACGGUUCCACAACUGAAGACGUCCUCACUGGACUCAAAAUCCAUUCAAAGGGUUGGAACUCCGUCUACAUGACGCCGGACCCACCCGCAUUCCUGGGCAGCGCACCUUCCGGUGGGCCCGCAUGCAUGACUCAGCAGAAGAGAUGGGCCACCGGUCUUUUCGAGGUUCUCUUCAACAACUAUAGUCCCAUUCUCCCCUUCAGAACGACAAGACUCAUGUUUCGGCAACGUCUAGCCUAUCUCUACUUAAACGUGUGGUCUAUUCGCUCUGUCCCUGAGCUAUGCUACGCACUUCUGCCCUCCUAUGCUAUCUUCGCCAACAAACAAUUCCUGCCCACGGUCUCUGAAGCAGCAUUUUUUCUCCCUGUUGCUCUUUUUAUCACCUUCAACCUCUACACUCUAUCCGAGUUCCUCCGCUGUGGCCUGACCAUCCGUGCUUGGUGGAACAAUCAGAGAAUGGCGAGGAUAAUAUCUGCAACUGCAUGGCUAUUUGGUUUAUUAGGUGUCAUUUUGAAGCUCUUAGGGUUAUCAGAGACCACCUUUGAAAUUACACGUAAAGACCAGGAUACCCCCAACGAUAGUGACACAGAGGUCGAUGCCGGUGUUUUUACCUUCGACGAGUCACCGAUCUUCGUGCCCGGCACGGCCCUUUUGUUGGUGCACAUGACUGCACUUGCAGUUGGUUUGYUAAGGGUGCAGUCAUGGCUCAAUAUUAAUGGGUCAGCUGGGUAUGGGCUAGGAGAGAUCAUUUGCAGCAUAUGGGUGGUGCUUUCUUUCUUGCCAUUCUUGAAAGGUCUCUUCAGGAAGGGAAUCUAUGGAAUUCCCACCUCUACCAUAUACAAAUCAGCUGCUCUGGCGUUACUGUUCGUGCACUUAUCUUUGGGGGCUUCAAAGAACUGAAUAUUCAUACUUUGUGCAAUUGCCUACUAUUUCUACCCAUUAUUGAAGCUCCAAGACAACUCAAUAUAUUUGAUAAAUUAUUCAUGUAUUUCUCAAGGACAAUGAAAUCAAUUAUGAUAUAGUUUAGGAAUUUCAUGGCAACCUAUUGAUUAAUCAGAAAAUUAAAUCAUGAUUUUGUUUCUUGUUGAUACCUACCCAUACAGCUCUCUUUCUCCCCGUGGGUUUUGUCAGCUUUCCCAUUUUACAUCUGAUAGGAAGACAAUACUUAUAUAUGAACACUUGUGAGUAUCCCAACAAUAA